UAACCAAUUGCAUCUGCAAAGACCCUACUACCAAAUAAGGCCACAUUCUUUGGUAUUGGGAGUUAGGACUUCAACGUCUGAAUUUUAGGGAGACACAACUCAACAUAUAAAAGUGAUAUUCCCAGCCUUUCAGGAGCCUUUAGACCAGAGGUGGAGACAGACACACAGCUGGGUAAUCCUUUCCAGCAUGGUGGGAGAAUAGGUGUGGGCAGAGGGGCUGUGGUUUCACAAGGGACUCCUAAUCCUGACAGGGGACCCUCAAAGAGAGGUGAUGCCCGAGCCAAGGUCAGUAGGGUGUAAAGAGUCAGCUAGGCAGAACGGGUAACAGGGAGGGUGUGCCCACAGGAUCCAUCGUAAUCCACCAGGAGGCAGAGAGUGGUGGCUGGUCACCUGGAAGGGAAGGCAGAAGCCAAAACAUGUAUGACUGGAGAAGAAACUGAGGCCUGGAGUUUGAGUAAUUCAUUCAAAGUUACCGAGUUGACAGAAGGACAAAGGACAGAAUCACCAGCACUGGCUGAAGAUGCCCAGCCUACAGAGUCUGAGAAGGAAAUUUAUAAUCAGGUGAAUGUAGUAUUAAAAGAUGCAGAAGGCAUCUUGGAGGACUUACAGUCAUACAGAGGAGCUGGCCAUGAAAUACGAGAGGCAAUCCAGCAUCCAGCAGAUGAGAAGUUGCAAGAGAAAGCAUGGGGUGCAGUUGUUCCACUAGUAGGCAUUAAAGAAAUUUUACGAAUUUUCUCAGAGGUUAGAAGCAGCGUUAAGAGGUCUUCUGGGAGCUUUGACGAGUACCCCAUUUUCUCCUACCCAGCAUCUAGAGCGAGACAGGCUCUUGCUAAACAGUUCGCAGAAAUUCUUCAUUUCACACUCCGGUUUGAUGAACUCAAGAUGACAAAUCCUGCCAUACAGAAUGAUUUCAGCUAUUAUAGAAGAACAUUGAGUCGUAUGAGGAUUAAUAAUGUACCAGCAGAAGGAGAAAAUGAAGUAAAUAAUGAAUUGGCAAAUCGAAUGUCUUUGUUUUAUGCUGAGGCAACUCCAAUGCUGAAAACCUUGAGUGAUGCUACAACAAAAUUUGUAUCAGAGAAUAAAAAUUUACCAAUAGAAAAUACUACAGAUUGUUUAAGCACCAUGGCUAGUGUAUGCAGAGUUAUGCUUGAAACACCGGAAUACAGAAGCAGAUUUACAAAUGAAGAGACAGUGUCAUUGCUUGAGGGUAAUGGUGGGCGUCAUAAUACUUUAUGACCACGUACAUCCAGUGGGAGCAUUUGCCAAAACUUCCAAAAUUGAUGUAAGUUACAUAUUAUUUUAUAUAUUUUCAAACAAUUUCCUUAC